CAAACAUCCCCCACUAUCGAUUCACUAGAUGUCCUCUUCAUCCACAACAUGAGCGUCAUAAUCGACGCUCUCUAUGUUCUUGAUGAUCAGAAUGAAUGUGUGGUCGAACACGUCUACCAUGGCCGUCCACCUCAAGCCCAUCAACUCAUAACCAGCCUCGCAGGUCGACCUUCGCCGCGACCUGCAGUCAACUACCUUGCAGACCUCCAUCCACCGACGACGACAUACUCUAUCACCUCAGGAAACCUCUCCUUCGUUGCAGCUGCCAGCAGAGAUCCACAAUCCCUAGCCGUUCUCGACUUUCUUAACCGUUUCGUCGAUAUCCUAGAGGAUUUCCUUGGUAGCCCCUUGUUGAGAGGCAAGAUCGAAGACAAUUAUGAAGUAGUGGCACAACUACUGGGGGAGGUGUGCGAUGGCGGGAUCAUAUCCAACACCGAGCCCAACGCUCUAAGAGAAUCGGUCGAGGUGUCAUCUCUGAUUGGGAAGCUAUUCACACAAGUCGGUUUACCUGGAACAUCACCGGCUCUAGGCCCCCAAAGCUCGUUUGCCUCGAGUAUUCGACCCUCGCCUAUACCAUCCAACGGACCAGCAAUCCCCUGGCGAAAGCCCAAUGUUCGACACACCUCCAAUGAACUCUACGUCGAUAUCGUUGAGUCACUAUCCGUCAUUCUUGCUCCCUCCGGAAGACCCAUUUCUGCACGUUGCAACGGUUCCAUUGCAUUCACCGCAAAGAUCUCGGGCGUGCCAGACCUUUUACUUACCCUCUCAGCACCUGGAGGCACUAGUACAGCCAAAACCUCGGGCAUUUUACGAACGAUGCAGCUGCCGGUUUUUCACCCCUGCGUACGCCUAGCGCGCUGGAAGGAGCAUGCCGGAGAGAUUUCCUUUGUGCCUCCUGAUGGCCGUUUCAUGCUCGCUGGUUACGAGACGGAUCUCAUGCCUUUACCACUUGAUUCCGGGGCCUCUCCAGACCAGGCCUCAUCUUCAUCAGAGAAGAUCUUCCUCCCUGCCACCGUUGACCUGCGCGCCGGACUUGGUCCGUCUGGCAUGGAUUUCGAAGCUCGAGCCAUAUUGAAUAACCACUUCCCUGGCGUGCCUGGCUCGUCCUCGGGCAAAUCUGGUUCUUCACGCUCAACCUCACUGAACGCGGGCCCAUUCUCUUUCGGAGGCGCUUCCGGUAGCACAGGCAGCUCAGCUGCACCAACACUCGAAGCUGUCGUGGUCACCAUCCCAUUCCCCCAAGCUGUUCGUGCCGUGACGGAGUUGAAGCCAUCAAGAGGCGAGGCGAGUUUCAAUGCAAUGGACAAGACGGUGGAAUGGCGGAUCCCAACCAAGGAUGGCGCGUCCGUCAACGGUGUAGCUGUUCUUUCCGGGACUGUGACGGGACCGCUUGGUGGGAACGUGAAUGGUGCCCAAGGAGCUGCGGCCGACGGAGACAACGGGUCUGAUGUAGGCGACGCCGAGGACGCAGACAGGUCCAACAGCCAGGGAGAAGACGAGUCACGACGCACAACUGUCAGGAACGGUCACAACACACCUCGAAAGCGCCAUCCAAGUCGAACCUUGAUGCCACGUUCAAUCGCCGUGUCAUUCAGCGUCAAGGGCUGGCUCCCCAGCGGGAUCAAAGUGGACGCAUUGCUUGUUGACGCCAAGAAGUCCAAGGGCCUGGGCGAUGGCGUCAGACCGUACAAAGGGGUCAAAUAUAUCACUGUGAGUCGGAGAGGGGUUGAGAGGAGGGUGGAUUGAAUCAAAUGGUUAGGUGGGUCCUAGACAGCGGAAGCACACAGCAGUCACGACACCACAUUGAUGUCGAAAACCAAGCAGAACGAUAUAGAGAUCUCCUAAGCGAUCCUUCUGUCAGUUCGCCGAUCGUUCGGUUGAUCGAUCCAAACACUGAAAAGGGAGAUGCUUCUGAAUUGACGAAGUAUAUGACGACAGGAGCCCGAAUCAUCAUCCAUGAUUGUAUAUCCCGGCAGAUUUGUUCUUGUACAAUUGAUGAGAAGAACUGAUGCGGCACGAAAUCAACGACAGACAUGCGACAGGCGAAAAAUAGAAGCAAGAGAUCAGAGCAGCCAAAGGCCAGAUUCAAGUUCAGAUUCAGGCUAUUGGUUCAUUCAUAUCGUAUUCAUCAUAUUAUCGAAUCAAAGAGAAGAAAGUAGCUUCAACAAGCAGA